UAACCACAACCAGUCCGAAUUUGAAUGUAAAAGGGUGCGCACGUCGCGGCCCGAGAACUUCGAACUCGUUACCAUUGCGAAGCUGAAUAAAUUUAAUUAAUUAAUUCCCAUUAAAAAUAAUUACUAGACUAUUAGUGAUUUUAAAAUAUUUGUUUUUUUUUAUGUGUAUAGUGAUUAAAAAAGCCCACGUAAAGGAUCAUUACAAUUAAUUAACUAGAAUUUCACAAGUUUCUAGAUGUGCCAAAUGUCGUGACCCAAAAAUGAAAGAAGCCGAUUUAAAACUGCCCACGCGUAAUCUCCUGACCGGUGCUGUGGUGAAGUGGGAAGAUGAUGAGAUGGGCGGCUUUGCGGACAACCCUCAAAAUCUCACGCUUUCGUGGAAAGACUUGUCGGUGUACAGAAGAAAGAAACACCAGACCAGUAUAUGGAGAUCACCGACGUAUGAAGACAUUAAGGUUCUGCAUGGCGUGAGUGGAACAGUCUCGUCAGGAAACUUAGUAGCUUUGAUGGGUUCAAGUGGAGCCGGAAAAACGACAUUGCUAGCUGCGAUCAGUCGCCGCGACAAAAGUGCUCUAACUGGAUACCUGAUGCUGAAUGGAAGACUGGCUGGUGCAGAUCUUAUAGCUCGGAUAUCCGGCUUUUUACCGCAGGAGGAUCUUUCAAUAGAUUACCUGACCGUGGCCGAACAUAUGGAGUUUACGGCACGAUUAAUGAUGGAUAAGCGAUCGUCGAAAACAAUGAGGGCAAAGCGUAUACAACAAUUGCUGAGCGAGCUUGGAGUGCAGAACUGUACUCGGACUCAGCUGAAGGCCCUGUCUGGAGGCGAACGCAAGAGGGUAGCCUUGGCUGUACAGCUACUAAAUGAUCCUCCGAUUCUGUUUUGCGAUGAGCCCACAACUGGGUUGGACAGUUGGGCCGCUAGCGCUGUGGUAUCGAGACUCAGGAAGCUAGCACUUGGAGGUAAACUGGUAAUCUGCUCAGUCCACCAGCCUGCUUCAGGAGUCUUCGAGCUGUUCCACCAAGUGGUCCUAUUGGCUAAUGGCAGAACAGCAUUUCAUGGGACAAUAGACCAAGCUGCAGAAUUCUUUGGAUCAUUAAACUACAAAUGCCCUGUGGGUUUCAACGCAGCAGAAUACUACGUGACGUUACUUGGUGUGCAACUUGAUAAGGAAUUGGAAAGCCGGGAACGGAUCAGGCGUAUAUGUGAUGAGUACCAGCGCUCGGAGAUAGCUGCGGAUAUAGAGAGUAAAGUGGAGGAAGUACAAGACGAAGCGGAAUAUUUCAAUGGAGAGACCGAUGGAAAGAAUGAAGCCUUCCGAAGAUAUUUAACUCUAGUCAAAGUUAAUUACUUCGUCCAAUUUUACUGGUUAAUGUGGAGAAAUAUACAGUCCAUAAAACACAACAGCUCAAUAUGGAUAGCAGAAUUUGUACUUCUAAUGUUCGUCGGCUUAAUAAUCUCAAUUCCAUACAUGGGACACUUCGACGAACUCGACCAGCGAGACAUUCAAAACGUCCAAGGUCUCUUGUACCUCACCAUUACGGAGACGAUAUUCCUCUUCAUCUAUGCAGUCUUCAUCACCUUCCCGAGUGAGGUUCCUGUACUGCUUAGAGAGACAGCCAGUGGAUUGUACUCGCCGCUUCCUUAUUAUCUAUCUAAGAUGAUAUUUUGGAUCCCCAGAGCAAUUAUAGAACCGAUAUUAUAUGCUUCGUUGAUUUUCGGUGUCGCCGGACUACACGGCGGCUUUUACGGUUGGCUUGGAUUCACUUUUGUUUGCAUUCUAUGUGCUAAUUUUGCAAAUGCCUAUGGAUCAUUUCUAUCAGCUGUCUUCGACAAUUUGGAGACCGCUGCUUUGAUAGCGGUACCAUAUGAUUUAAUAAGUUUAUUAUUCGCUGGUAUUUACCUCAAUUUGGCCAGUGCGUCACCUUACUUCGCUUGGCUCAAAUAUAUUUCAGGAUUUUACUAUGGUGUGGAGUGUAUAUCUAUAUUGCAAUGGGAUUCUAUAACGAAUAUCAGGUGUGUGAGUGACAACGAUGUCAGAUUUCAAGAUAUGCCUUGUAUCACCACUGGGGCCGACGUGCUGAUUAGGUUUGGUUACAAACGGGAUAAUUUUUGGAGAGAUUGCUUCUGUUUGGUAGUUAUGUAUGGUAUAGGAAAUGUUAUUGCAUUCCUCAUGGUUGUUAAAAGAAGUAGAGGGACACCUGUUUACUAGUAAUAAUUUUUCAAACUGUAUUAUUUUAUUGAAACUAUGUAAUUUCAGCAUUACUAUGAAAAAAAAAGUAAGUUCAUAAUCAUUGUUUGUACUUAAAUAUAUAUCUACUAAUUGUUCAUACUGUUGUUUGUUAGAACUCAUUUGAAUAGCGUAGAAUUAAUCUUUGUUUGAAUAAAAUUAUUUGCAAAAAGAUUUAAAAGUAGGCAAUUACAAUUUUUUAUAUCUUAAUUCCGUCAUAUUUGUGUAUAUACAUAUAUUUCAAUAGAUAAGUGUAUAUAGGUAUAAUACGCGACGCUAGCAUAGGGAAAUAGCAUCGCUUGCACGGUUAAACAGUGCACCCUGCACGAGGGGGACUAUCAGGCACGGCGGCCUUAAGGGGUGGCGAACAGGGCAAUCGCCCGGGGCCUCACUCUUGUAGAGGCCUCGCGUAACCCAAGCAAAUUUUAAACAACCAGUGAGUGGCAUUUUAUCUAGUGGCAAGUCGCAAAAACUUCCUGAAUUAGGCAUUUUAAUCGUGAAUGAACAAAAUUACCAAUACUAAAAUAUAGAAAUAAAAUAAUCAAUUGUAAAUAAAAUGUAAAAUAAGACAGUAUUUAUUGAGUCAGUGGAAUUUUUUUUUACUUUCCAAUAAUUUGAGAUAAUAUACAUGUGUAUGUCACUAUUAUUUAUUACUAUUUGUCAUUAUUAUAUUACAUGACAAAUACCUCAAUCAAACAACCAGACCUAGUUUCGCAUCAUAUACUUUCAUGAAGGACAAAGGGCCUCGCAAAGACCUACUGCCUCGCAAUGGGUAAGGCCGCCGCUGCUGUCAGAAAAUAGGCACAUUGACGCCAACAAGGCAAGACAUGAAAACUUUCCAUAUUAGUUUUUAAUUCAUCGUUAUAUAAGGUAGUAAUCAAUGUACAUGUAAUUUCUUAUUUUUAAAAUAUAUUUAUUAAGAAAACGUUAAUUUUUUGCAACCUUCGGCUGUAAAGUCCAUAAUUGGUAUACAUACUUACCUACCUAUCUAUUAUUAUAUUAGGUACUAAAUU